AUGCGCUCCCUCACCGUCCUCGCCGCGACCUUUGCGCCCCUCUCCUCCUCCUCGACCUCGUCGACCGCAAGCUCGACCUCGACCGCACCGCCCGCCGUCCUCGCUGCUACCGCUGUCGACCCGGCCUCCGAUAUCACCUACGCCGUCGCCGUCGCCCGCCCCGAUGGCCCCGACGGCGAGGCUCUCGUCGAGGUGCACCGCCUCGCAGACCGCUCCCAGCCCGCAACCCUCCUCACCUCGUUCUCGUCGCCGCCAAGCCCACCCACGCGCGCGCUCGACCCGGCGCACCCGUUCGUCGUCUCGUUCAAGUACCUCGCAGACGACGACGCGCUCGCGCUCGUGCUCGCCAACGGCGAAGUCGAGCAGGUCUUCCUCGACGGCGGGGCGGGACCAGUGAGGCGCGAGAACGUCGGCACGUUCGACUCGGGCAUCGCAGCCGCCGAGUGGAGCCCGGACGAGGAGCUCGUCGCCAUCGUCACCGGCGACUUCCAGCUCCUCCUCCUCACGCGCACCUUCGACCCCCUCUCCGAGGCGCCCCUCCACACCGCCUCAUUCGGCGCCGACGCCCCCGUCUCGGUCGGCUGGGGCACCCGCACGACCCAGUUCCACGGCUCGAUGGGCAAGACGGCCGCCGCCGCCGCCGCGCAAGCCGACCCGCUCGCCGUCCCCUGGCUCCGCUCGCACGCCGACGACGGCCGCGUCCGCAUCCGGUGGCGCGGCGACGGCGCGUGGCUCGCCGUCUCGAGCGUCGAGUCGACGCCCGCCGACCACGGCGGCGGCGACGGCGCAGGUGCGCGCGACUUGCGGCGGAUCCGCAUCGUGAGCCGCGUCGGCGAGCUGAGUUCGACGAGCGAGCCCGUGCCCGGGCUCGAGGGCGCCCUCGCGUGGAUGCCGAGCGGCGAGUUGAUCGCGGCGACGCAGCGGCGCGUCGUCGACGAGGCGACCGGGCGCGAGGACGUGCGCGUCGUCCUCUUUGAGCGCAACGGGCUGCGCCGCGGCGAGUUUGACGUGCGCGAGGGAGAGGGCGCGAGGAGGGCGAGAGUGCGCGAGCUCGAGUGGAGCGCCGGGAGUGACGUGCUCGGCGUGUGGGUCGAGCGCGAGGACGAGCAGGGCAUCGUCGAGCAUGUCGUCCAGCUAUGGCACCGCUCCAACUACCACUGGUACCUCAAGCUGUCGCUCUCGCCCUUCCUUUCCUCGACCUCGUCCGCCGCAACCGCCGCACCGCACCUCUCGCUCGAGUCGCGCGGGUUCGCGUGGCACCCCGAGAAGGCGCACUCGCUCGCGCUCGUGACGCCGAGGGGCGCGCAUGCGUACGAGCUUUCGUGGGACACGUACAGGAGCGAGCGGGCGGCGCCGAUGGACGACGGGACGGUCGCCGUCGUCGAUGGAGCCGACAUCAAGUUGACGCCGUUCCGGCUGCAGAACGUGCCGCCGCCGAUGUGCGCCAUGACGCUCGGCUCGCCCACGGCGUCGACGUCGCGCCCGCCGGCGCACAUCGCCUUCGCCCCUUCCCUUCCCACCACGACCGCCUCGUCCUCAUCCCUCCCUCCCUCGUCGGUCACCGCCUCGACCUCGAUCACCUUCCCUCCUCUCCUUUUCGCCACCCUCUAUCCCUCGACGCCCACUCGCCCCGCACGCGUCGAGCUCUACGCCUGGGCGCUUCCGCUCUCGGGCUCGGCGCAGGCCAACGCGCGCGCCGGCCUCCCCGAGCCGCAGCUGCGCUGGUCCGUCGACUUGCCGGCCGAGGUGCGCGGCGUGCGGCAGUGCGCUGUGCGCGCUCUCGGCGGCGAUGCGGCUGAGGUGGAUAAGGAGGAGGCGGUCGUCGCUGUGCUGGGCGAGGACGGCGAGGGCGAGGUGGUCGUUGUCGUUGGCGAGGGGGGCGUGCGCGGCGUCAAGCGCGUGCAGGAGGGCGCGAGGAGGCUCGUCGCCGCGGCGGCCAAGUCGCACGAGGCGAGCGGGGACGAGGGAGCAGAGGAGAGUGAGGGUGAGGGGGAGCAAGAGGACGAGGGCGCGUUCGUGCUCGAGACGAAGGAUGGCGAGAUCCUCGAGGUGUCAGCGAGCGGCACCGAUGUCGACUUUGCCGUUCCCUCGUCGACCCUGUCGCCGUUGCCCGAGUUCUGCCCGCACAUCUCGCACCUCUUCCUCCCUCCUUCUUCCCCUAGUUCGACCUUCCGCAUCCCGUCCCUCGUCGGCCUUGCACCCUCGGGCCGGCUGUACGCCUCGUCCCGCCUCAUCGCGUCCGACGCAUCCUCGUUCGCCCUCACCGACACGUUCCUCAUCUACACGACCUUUUCGCACGAGGCCAAGUUCGUCCCGCUCGCCCAGCUCUCGGCGACCGAGCACAGCGAGUCGUUCGCGCGUCGCGCUCUCGACGGCGGCGGAAGCGCGAGUGCAGCCGCCCCGGGCGCGGCCGGCGUCGUCCAGCGCGCGGUCGAGCGAGGGUCCCGCAUCGUCGCCGUCGUGCCGAGCGCCACAUCGCUCGUCCUGCAGAUGCCGAGGGGCAACCUCGAGACGAUCUGCCCGAGGCCGCUCGUGCUCAGGGUCGUCAGGGCGCUUCUUGAUCAGCACCGCUACCGCGCCGCCUUCCUCCUGUGCCGGCGCCACCGCAUCGACCUCAACCUGCUCCACGACCACGACCCGGCCGCAUUCGUCACCAACCUGCACGACUUUGUGUCGCAGGUCCGCGACGUCGACUUCCUCAACCUGUUCCUCACCGGCCUCAAGGACGAGGACGUCACGGCGACCAUGUACCGCCCGCUCGUUGCCCGCUCGAGUGCGAGCCCUGUCGACGCGAGCAACAAGGUCAACCGGAUCUGCGACCUCGUUCGUCACGACCUGCAGGAGCGCGGCGACAUGUUCCACUGGGCCAACACGAUCCUCACGGCGCACGUGCGCAAGCGUCCGCCUGCGUACGAGGACGCGCUCAACGUGCUUGUCGGCCUCAAGGCCCAAGACCCGGAGCGCGCAGAAGACGCCGUCAAGUACAUCAUCUUCCUGAGCGACGCCAACAAGCUGUUCGAUCUCGCGCUCGGCAUGUACGACUUCCCGCUCGUCCUCAUGGUGGCUCAGCAGUCGCAAAAGGACCCGCGCGAGUACCUCCCCUUCCUCCGAGCCUUGCGCGCUCUCCCGCCUUCCUUGCAGCGCCACCGGAUCGACGACCACCUGGGGCGACACGCCUCGGCCCUGCGCAACCUCGCUCAAGCCGGCGACGAGCACUUUGACGACGCCGUACGGUAUGCCGCCAAGCACGCGCUGUGGGAGGUCGCGCACGAGGUGUACGAGGCCGAGCCGAGCAAGCACGAGACCAUCCUGUGCGCGCACGCCGAGGACCUGUUCGACAAAUCCAACUACCCCGAGGCCGCUCUCCUGUUCCAGCUCGGCAACGAGCCCGAAAAGGCGCUCCUCGCCUAUCAACGCGCCAACUUGUGGCGCGAGCUCUUCACGCUCGCGCGCUCCUCGGGCAUCGUCGACGACGACGCCGUCAAGGAGCUCGCGGCAGAUGUUUCAGAAAGCCUCUCGGGCAAGAGGCGCCAUGCCGAGGCGGCGCAGGUCCUCCUCGAGUACGGCGAGGACGUCGAUGGUGCCGUCUACUACCUCUGCGAGGGGUCGCUGCACAGCGAGGCAGUCCGCACUGCAACCCUGCACGACCGCCUCGACCUCGUCGCCUCGCGCGUCAAGUCGAGUACGCUCGAGCUGCAGCAGCGCCUGCUCGACGACUUUUCCGAGAUGGACGAGCAGCUCGACAAGCAGAUCUCGCGACUGGGCGAGCUCAAGACCAAAUACGAGGAGAACCCCUACUACUACUUCUGCAUCGACGACCCGGCGGCGGCUCUCGAGAAUGUCGAGCUCGCGCCCGACGGCAUGUCCGACGCCGGAACCGCCUUCACUCGCUACACCGUCAACCCGACGACACUCGCGAGCAGUACUCGGAGGAGCUCGAAGACGGCGAGCUCGCGUCGCCGUGCGGCGCUCAAGCGUGUGGCGGGCAAGAAGGGCACCGUCUACGAAGAGAUGUACCUGCUCAACUCGAUGAAGAAGGCGGCCGAGGUCAAGCUCGCCGAGCUUCAGACCGAGACGGCGACCCUCCUCCCCGUCCUCCUCACCCUUCGCUCCCCGCCUCACCGCUCCGCCGCCCUCGAGCUGCACUCGUCCCUCGCCUCGCUCGAGUCGACCCUCGCCCGCGCCAUCUCGACCGUGUGGGACCCGCUCGAGUCGACCUGGGCCGCCGAGGGCGCCGAGGAGCAGCGCGUGCGCGAUUCGGGCGACCCGGUGCGGCUCGCCGAGUGGGAGCAGAGGCCGAGGGCGGUCGAGGGCGAGCACGAGACCAAGAGGGUCGCGCGGCCAAAGAUGGCGAGGGAGAAGUGGAGGCUGGGCAUGCUCGAGAGGAGCGCGUGAGGGCGCAGUAGAUUGAUGCGUGCUCGUGCAAGGACGACGUACAACAGCU